UUUAUAGUACUGUAUCAGAGCUUCUUAACCCUUCCCUUUAUAUUUAUGGCAGCAGGACAAAUCAGUUAAAAGAAAUAGCUAUGACUUAAAGUCUUUGUCACGGAGCCUUAUUUACCAUACUAUACUAUACCAUACCAUACCAUACCAUACCAUAAAGGAAAUGGCACAGAGUCAUGAUAUGUGGUGUCUUUUAGCUUUGGGGUUCCAUUCAUGUGAAUAUUAGCAAGUUGAACAAGAGAUGCUUGAAGUGAAAAUAGGUUAUGCAUUGAUAUGCCAAAUAUACCACACCAACCCCACUUGGAAACAAGAUUUCAGAUGCAGCACUUAAUGAAAACCAACAAAUCAUCAGUUUCAUGAUAACUAGUUCUGCUGCACAGUAAGAUAAAAACUCUCUAGUUGAGCUUGAACCUUUCAAGGGAUUUCUCUUCUGCAGACCAAUUCUGCUUGCCAGUGCAGAUAGUAAGCAAGGUAGAUGACUAUGAAUCAGAGGACAAAGCGAGACUUGUCUUUCCACUUCCCAACCCUUCCCAUUAAUGGCCAAAGACGACAAAUCUUUGUUGCGUUACACAUGAAUUGCAAUACUACGUACACUUCCUUUUCUCUAAAAGCCAGUUUUGAUGGAAGAGAAAGUCUAAAUGAACUGGCAAAGUUUAGAAGAAAGGCAAACAACUUCCAUUAUUGCUGGAGCCUUAUCAGAAUGAGCACUUCACAAAGUGUGAUAAUCAAAUCCUUGAUAUGGACAAGACACUUCAAACAAACAAAAACAAAAAAAGCCUAUCACACACACAUCCCAUUGCACUCCAAGAAGGAAUCUCUAGGUUAGAAUGACCCAGAUAAGUUCACCUCUUGCUUUCAUAACAGGGGGAGCGAACUGAAAUUUACAUUUAAAGAAAGUCUAACACUGCAUCAGAUUGCAAUCUGAUUACCUCUAAACUACUAUAAUGGGAUUUCAGUUGACUUCUUAGGUUAGGCAGAUGUGUGUGGUGGAUAUGUAUGUAGAAGGGCUUUCUAAAUUAGAUCAAUUGUAUGGGUUGUAUAGAAGCAUUUGAAGAAACAGGAUGCUCCUUUUAGAACAGACAAUUAUUUAAUAUAGUGCUACUGGCACAUAUGGUAAUUGACAAAGAGAAUGAAGUAGUUCUACCUCCCCAUCUUCCCCUAGAAGCUUAUUGAGAAACAAAAGCUGCUUAAAACAGUCAAUACCCAACAACCUUAAACAGAUUCAGGUUUGAUUGAAUUUACCCAGCAGAAGAGACUUUACUGGGACUGGGCAAUCUAUUAGUGACGUUGCUGGUUCAUUUUGCUUUUACCCAGUUGUGUAGAGGUAUGGGACUGCACACUCUGAUUAACGUGAGUCAAACCAUGGAGCUAAACAACACUAGAUAUUUCAGUCUAGAUUUCCAAACUAGAUAAAUGAAGCUUUUAAAUAAAUGAAACAGACUUUUUCUUUUCAUAGGAUCAAAGCCUGGAAUGUUGCCAGUUCCUUGCUGUAGGACUGUAAUAGAAUGGGCCAAGGAGGGUGGGUGAUGGUGCUAAGGGAACAAUGACAAACUGCAUAAUCUGUAUGAUUAAAACCACUGUGUCAGUUAUGAUUCCCCCUCCCCUUUCAGUUUUUAAGGAUGCUGUCAAGUCCGUGGAGUUCUGUUUUUAGUGGUUGCUUCAGUGAACAUUCAACGCUGUCGGCCUUUCACUGAAGACAGCUGCCAAACCAGCAAACAAGGUAUCUCUUACCCCCACCCCAUCCUCUUUGCAAAGCUUUACUAAAAAGGUCACAAUCAACAUUCAUUGCUGUCGGUGGGUUUAACUAUGUGGACAAGCUCACUGAACAAUGAAUGCAACUGUGGCCCCACUUUUUGCGAUCACAGUCAAGAGGAAUAUCAACUCUGAAAGCAGCACUGAAAGUCUUUCAGAUAUGAAACUUUUCUGAUCAAAAGACGAAUAUCUUCAGGAUUUUUUGUUUUAAGCUGGUUUGACUCAGAUGGUUGAGACAACAAUCACUCCUCCCUGGAGUUGAUUACAACAUAAAGGGAGAUCAUUCGGCCAUUAAUAUCUCUUACUUACUACAGAUAUGAACAAAAACUCUGGUAUAGAAAAAGCUUCCCUGUAUGCAUGCCUGAGGACACUGAGCACAGGAAAGAUGGUUGAAAACACUUCUAAAAUAAUAAAUAAUAAUAAUCAUCAAAUUUAUGCACUGCAACAUUGCACAUGCAAAGAGAUGACAGCUGUGUGUCCUUGGCAAAACAAGACAAACCCACCCCAAAAUUUCUUGCAAAUGGGAGCCUUAGUUAAAGAACGGCGAUAAUAUUCCUUAUUUUGGUGUAAUACAAUUCAUUGUUAUGUGAAGUUUAUUUAAACACCUAAUAAACAUUAAAAUACAAACCUUAUUGGACUUGCCUCUUUGUACUGUUUUGAGAUAAGCUGGAAAGAAAUUACUUGUGUGGCUGGUAACGAAGUUUUGCUCAUUGUUUCAAUUGUGGGAUAGAGUGGUGAGUGGUCAUGCUGCAUUCCCUGUUGCUGGGUGUAAGUGGAAAAAAAAUAAAAAGGGAAAAUUGAAGCACACCACCACUUCCCCAUCCCCACCGAUGCUUCACCUACAAAUCUCAGGCACCAACCUAAAUUUCUAACACCAGCUGAAUGGGUACUGAAAUAUCAUGCAAUUCUCUAAGCCAAUUUCAUCCAUGAGCUUCAGUUUCUAGUAUGUUGGUGAGUUUUUGCAUAGCCAUUACUCCCAAAAGGAGAAGAAUGACAAAUCAUUUCUUUUGUCUCUCCCUUGUGACAUGCAUUCCCACUGACAAUGUCUGCUUUUUAUUAUGCAUAUAAAUAGAAGCUUCAAACACAUUUCACCUAAGAUUUCCUUCUUAGCUCAAACAGGUAAAUAUUAGGGUAUCUGGCCCUCAUCCUGCUCAUAUACAAGUAGUGUAUUAUACAGUACCAUGCUAAUGAAAUGGCAUUUUCUUCUGUAACUUGAUCAUGAUGGGGUGAUUGAAUCUAACUUUUUUUUUUUAAUUAUUCUUUACAACAGAGAUCUGACAUGCAUCCAAUGGGAGAUCAAUGCACAUAGAAUGCAUAGAGCACCAGUUCGUUAAACAAAUACCUGAAAUUCUAAGGCCGUGUCCUCCUAGAAACGUAUGGAUUUUUAGUUAACUUUGGUGCUGUGUGGUACCCUUAGUAUGAAGAUACAUUUUGCUUUGUUCUUGUUACUGCAAUAAAGAGGGGAUCGUUCCAGGUGAACUGUUGUUGGAGACACUGCAAGGUUCUAGACUGCAUUCAUUGGGUCCUUUGUCCCAUCACUUUUCCUAAGGUUCUUUUCCUCCCAGCCCAAGGUAUUUUAAGUGGUACCCACCCACAUCCUCUCUCUGUGUUCCCUCUUCUUUUCUGGCAUGGUGCCCCAGAUGACUAUAGAAGUUCUUACGCUAAGUACCCCAAAAGUAUAUUAAAAAAAGGGAGCAUUUUCUCUGGAGAUCACAAAAGCUACAUCUUAUAACUGAAAGUAGUAACUUUCAGAUCAAGGUGCAGCUAAUAUCUCCUGGCAUUAGUGUGAAUUCAGAUUUAUUUAAACACGAUUUAUAAUAUGCUAUAUCCUGUUGUCCUCAGGGAGCCUCUUAAAUAUUAGAUAGAUAGCUAUGGUGUGCUAUGAGUUUAUGAAUAGACAUGGUAUUUAUCUGAAUAGAAGAACCUGGAAUUUGGCAACACAGGAAGAAUAACCACCUGGUAUGGAAUCAUCCUAACACAGAGAAGUAAUGGGAAUCAUUCAUGCUCUUUGGUUAGCAAAAUUGCAUACUAGAAUUGGUGUGAAGAUAUGAACUUCAGCUCCACAUAGAAGGAAGCUGAUUUUGAAUAUAUUGUUUUGUAUAAGGGAUCUUUCUUUAUAAUACCUGAUUACCUUAUUUUGUUUCCUGCACUGAUUCAAUAUUACUUAACAUUUAUAUUACAGUAGUGCAGAGAGGCCUCCAUCAGGAUUAGGCUAGGCACUAUACAGACACUUAUGAGGAGACCAGCCUUAUCACAGAGAAAAACUUAUAAUUUAAAUGGUUUUCAUAAAGAGUGUAUCUGUGUGUGUGUGUGCGCACAUGUGCGUGCAUAUAAACAUUUUCACCUGGACCAGGUUAUACUCAAAGCAGCGGUAGGUUAUGAAAUUAAGCAUGAUAUGUAGACUGACCCUAUGUGAAUUUCAAGACAGAUAUCCCAGAUACAUGGAUGUAAGAACAUUUGGACAGAUAAAGGAGAAACAGAAAACAAAAACGCCAAGAAUUUCUACAAGUUCUUAAGAACAAGUUCCAUCUCACAUACAGAAAUUAGGAGGGACUGAGUUUGGCAUGUGUAUAUGGUGUGAGCCAUCAAGGACUAUAUAUUAACCACCCUGUCAUAAAAACAAAGGGAAGGGUAACAACCUUUCUGUAUAUAGUGCUAUAAAAUCCCUCCUGGCCAGAGGCAAAACUCUUUCACCUGUAAAGGGUUAAGAAGCUAAGGUAACCUCGCUGGCACCUGACCCAAAAUGACCAAUGAGCGGACAAGAUACUUUCAAAUCUGGAGGGGGGGAGAGAACAAAGGUGUGUGUGUGUGUGUGUGUGUGUGUGUGUGUGUGAGAUGAUGCUUUUGCCGGGAACAGAUCAGGAAUCAUCGAAUAUCAGGGUUGGAAGGGACCUCAGGAGGUCAUCUAGUCCAACUCCCUGCUCAAAGCAGGGCCAAUCCCCAACUAAAUCAUCCCAGCCAGGGCUUUGUCAAGCUUGACCUUAAAAACUUCUAAGGAAGGAGAUUCCACCACCUCCCUAGGUAACGCAUUCCAGUGUUUCACCACCCUCCUAGUGAAAAAGUUUUUCCUAAUAUCCAACCUAAACCUCCCCCACUGCAACUUGAGACCAUUACUCCUCGUUCGGUCAUCUGCUACCACUGAGAUCAGUCUAGACCGAUCCUCUUUCAGAUAGAUGAAAGUAGUUAUCAAAUCCACCCUCAUUCUUCUCUUCCUCAGACUAAACAAUCCCAGUUGCCUCAGCCUCUCCUCAUAAAUCAUUUUUGUUGCCCUCUACUGGACAUUUUCCAAUUUUUCCACAUCCUUCUUGUAGUGUGGGGCCCAAAACUGGACGCAGUACUCCAGAUGAGGCCUCACCAAUGUUGAAUAGAGGGGAACGAUCACGCCCCUCGAUCUGCUGGCAAUGCCCCUACUUAUACAUCCCAAAAUGCCAUUGGCCUUCUUGGCAACAAGGGCACACUGUUCACUCAUAUCCAGCUUCUCAUCCACUGUAACCCCUAUGGCCUUUUCUGCAGAAGUGCUGCCUAGCCAUUUGGUCCCUAGUCUGUAGUGGUACAUGGGAUUCUUCCGUCCUAAGUGCAGGACUCUGCACUUGUCCUUGUUGAACCUCAUCAGAUUUCUUUUGGCCCAAUCCCCUAAUUUGUCUAGGUCCCUCUGUAUCCUAUCCCUACCCUCCAGCAUAUCUACCUCUCCUCCCAGUUUAGUGUCAUCUGCAAACUUGCUGAGGUUGCAAUCCACACCAUCCUCGAGAUCAUUUAUGAAGAUAUUGAACAAAACUGGCCCGAGGACCGACCCUUGGGGCACUCCACUUGAUACCGGCUGCCAACUGGACAUGGAGCCAUUGAUCACUAUCUGUUGAGCCUGACAAUCUAGCCAGCUUUCUAUCCACCUUAUCGUCCAAUCAUCCAGCCCAUACUUCAUUAACUUACUGGCAAGAAUACUGUGGGAGACCAUGCCAAAAGCUUUGCUAAAGUCAAGGAACAACACGUUCACUGCUUUCCCCUCAUGCACAGAGCCAGUUAUCUCGUCAUAGAAGGCAAUUAGAUUAGUUAGGCAUGACUUGCCCUUGGUGAAUCCAUGCUGACUGUUCCUGAUCACUUUCCUCUCCUCUAAGUGCUUCAAAAUUGAUUCCUGCUCCAUGAUUUUUCCAGGGACUGAGGUGAGGCUGACUGGCCUGUCAUUCCCAGGAUCCUCCUCCUUCCCUUUUUUAAAGAUGGGCACUACAUUAGCCUUUUUCCAGUCAUCCGGGACCUCCCCCGAUCGCCAUGAGUUUUCAAAGAUGAUGGCCAAUGGCUCUGCAGUCACAUCCGCCAAUUCCUUUAGCACUCUUGGAUGCAGCGCAUCCAGCCCCAUGGACUUGUGCUCGCACAGAUUUUCUAAAUAGUCCCGAACCACUUCUUUCUUCACAGAGGGCUGGUCACCUCCUCCCCAUGCUGUGCUGCCCAGUGCAGCAGUCUGGGAGCUGACCUUGUUCAUGAAGACAGAGGCAAAAGAAGCAUUGAGUACAUUAGUUUUUUCCACAUCCUCUGUCACUACGUUACCUCCCUCAUUCAGUAAGGAGCCCACCACUUUCCUUGACUUUCUUCUUGUUGCUAACAUACCUGAAGAAACCCUUCUUGUUACUCUUAACAUCUCUUGCUAGCUGCAACUCCAGGUGUGAUUUGGCCUUCCUGAUUUCACUCCUGCAUGCCCGAACAAUAUUUUUAUACUCUUCGCUGGUCAUUUGUCCAAUCUUCCACUUCUUGUAAGCUUCUCUUUUGUGUUUAAUAUCAGCAAGGAUUUCACUGUUAAGCCAAGCUGGUCGCCUGCCAUAUUUACUAUUCUUUCUACACAUUGGGAUGGUUUGUCCCUGUAACUUCAAUAACGAUUCUUUAAGAUACAGCCAGCUCUCCUGGACUCCUUUUCCCCUCAUGUUAUUCUCCCAAGGGGUCCUGCCCAUCAGUUCCCUGAGGUAGUCAAAGUCUGCUUUUCUGAAGUCCAGGGUCCCUAUUCUGCUGCUCUCCUUUCUUCCCUGUGUCAGGAUCCUAAACUCGACCAGGAAUGCAGCCUUACAACUCCUGUUAAGUAAUGUAGCUAGAAAUGUGUUAGAUUUCCUUUUGUUUAAUGGCUGGUAAAAUAAGCUGUGCUGGAUGGAACGUAUAUUCCUGUUUGUGUGUCUUUUUGUAACUUAAGGUUUUGCCUAGAGGGAUUCUCUAUGUUUUGAAUCCGAUUACCCUGUAAGGUAUUUACCAUCCUGAUUUUACAGAGGUGAUUCUUUUACCUUUUCUUUAAUUAAAAUUCCUCUUUUAAGAACCUGAUUGAUUUUUUUCAUUGUUCUUAAGAUCCAAGGAUUUGGGUCUGUGUUCACCUAUACAAAUUGGUGAGGAUUCUUAUCAAGCCUUCCCCAGGAAAGGGAGUGUAGGGCUUGGGGAGAUAUUUUGGGGGAAACACAUCUCCAAGUGGGCUCUUUCCCUGUUCUUUGUUUAAAACGCUUGCUGGUGGCAGCAUAUGGUCAAGGACAAGGGAAAGUUUGUACCUUGCGGAAGUUUUUAACCUAAGCUGGUAAGAAUAACCUUAGGAGGUCCUUCACGCAGGUCCCCACAUCUGUACCCUAGAGUUCAGAGUGGGGAAGGAACCUUGACAUGGUGGCAGAGUGGUGGGAUCAUUUUGAACCAGAGAUCAUUUUGAACCAGAAGCACAGCAGGAUUUUAAAAGGUUUUGUAAAAGGUGAUUGCAGCUGUAGAUUCUGUCUCUCUGCCUGGGGGACAGAGCAGCAGACAUAACAAAAGGAUUUUUCUGUAGUCUGAGAACAGCUGUGAGAGAAAAAGGUACCAGGUUACAGCACAGCAAAAUUUUACAAGCCAGUUUUUGUUUUGUUUUCUUUCUAACUCUCGGGUGUAAAAUUAGUUAAAAACAGAGAGGUUAGGAUGACAGACUGCACUGUUCAACAGAAGCUGGAAUUAGCCAGAUUUGAGGCUGAGGAAAAACAAAAGGAACAUGAAAGAUGGGUAGAACUCAGACAGAUGGAAAUGGAGGCAAAAGAAAUGGCAGCCAACGAAAAAGAAAGGGAGGCUGCCCACAGGAGAGAAAUGGAGUCAAAAGAAAAAGAAAGGGAGGAUACUGAGGAGGAAAAGGAAAAAGAGAGGAAGCAUGCACUGGAGAUAGAGAAGGCAAAGGCUCAGCAGAAUAUACCAGAUAACCCUAACAAUCCUUUCCCAACAAUCCACAAAUGGGAGCGACUAUGUCCACAGUAUGAUGAAUCCAGUGAUAUUGCGGAAUAUUUUCUCACCUUUGAGAGACUGUGCACACUCCAUCAAAUUCCUGAAGCUCACAAGAUGACCACCUUGGUCGUAAAAUUGACUGGAAGAGCUCUGGACAUAUUCAAUAAGAUGCCUAUUGAGGAGGCUUCUGACUAUGGUAAAUUUAAGAAUUUGGUUUUAAAGCAAUUUCAAGUUACACCUGAAACUUACAGAGUAAAAUUUAGAGCCCUUAAGAGAGGGCCUAAGACUAAGUAAUGUGUCUUAAGUAAACCAGAUGAAGGAUCUGUUAGAUAAAUGGGUCAAAGGAAGGGAUGUAACUAGCUUUGAAGGAGUGUGUGAUUUGAUGACUCGGGAACAAUUCCUGAAUAUGUCUAAGGAGUAUAUAAAACAGUGUUUAUGGGAUAAGAAAAUGGACUCAGACAAAUGUCUUGCUUCUUAUGCUGAACAAUACAAGCAGUCCCAGACCAUCAGAGAGGCGGGGCAUGCCGGAACAAAAUGGAUGGAGGGAGGAGAGAGGAACAACCCUGGUCGCAGUUGGAGUGGAUACCAGAAGGGUCACCCUCAGACCACACCCUACUACCAGGGGCAGCCCAAGGCCCCAACUACACACCAAGGAACACUUCAGACACCUUAUCGUCCCGCCACACCGUUCUCCAGAAACCCACCUCGCCCCAGUGACCCAUCAGCUGGACGAUGUUUUAAAUAUAAUGAGCCGGGGCAUGUAAAGGCCAACUGCCCCAAGAACCCCAACAGAUUACAGUUCAUUGCACCGGAAUCACACCAGAGAUCCUCAGGCCCAGAUGCUUCCCAGAUACCCUCAGAGAGAAGGGAAACUGUGAGUGUGGGCGGGAAGAAGGUCACCACAUGGAGGGACACCAUAGCACAAGUGUCAGCUAUCUAUGCUUCCUUAGUGGACCCCAAUUUAAUCAACCCAGAGAUCCAAGUGAUGAAUCAACCCUUCAAGUCAAACUCUUUUGACUUGCCUACAGCCAAGUUGCCUGUCCAGUACAAGGGCUGGUCAGGAAUGUGGACUUUUGCAGUCUAUGAUGAUUAUCCCAUCCCCAUGCUGUUGCGGGAAGACUUAGCCAGUCAUGUGAAGCUAGCCAAGAGGGUGGGAAUGGUCAUCCGCAGCCCGGCUAGGCAAGCUGUCGUACCGAGCUCUGUUCUGGAAACGUCUACCAGGACCCGGUCUGGGGUGAUGGAACCGGACCCCAUGCCAACGUCUGCAACAGCAGUAGUGGAUCCAGUCCCAGAGACCCAGACAGAGCAAGUCUCAGAACCAGAACCAGCGGAACCACCAGCACCAGAACCAUUGCCAGCACUGAAUCCAGUACUUGCAACCCUAACACCAGAGGGCCGCACUGAACCUGCACCGGCAGCAGCAGAUAACCCUACACAAGAGGCUCAGCCAGAGCCUGAACCCCAAUAUAGUGCACCAGCGGAGAGCGGUUCACAGUCAAUGGAAACAGCCCCAUCACCUGCAUCACUUCCAGAGGGACCAAGCCCAGGUCCACAAUCCAAUGAGGAACCGAUAUCUCCAGCAUCAAGGGAACAGUUCCAGACCAAACAGAAAGCAGAUGAAAGCCUCCAGAGAGCUUGAACAGCGGCAGGAGCAACCCACCACCUCUCAGCUCUUCUAAUCAAUCCAGGUUUGUUGUAGAAAGAGGACUUUUAUACAAAGGAAACUCUUUCUGCUGGAAACCAGGAAGACUGGCAUCCUCAGAGACAGCUGGUAGUUCCAACUAAGUACCGGGUAAAGCUCUUAAGCAUAGCCCACGAUCAUCCUAGUGGCCAUGCUGGGGUGAACAGAACCAAAGACCAUUUGGGAAAGUCGUUCCACUGGGAGGGAAUGGGCAAGGAUGUUUCUACCUAUAUCUGGUCUUGUGAGGUGUGUCAAAAAGUGGGAAAACCCCAAGACCAGGUCAAAGCCCCUCUCCAGCCACUCCCCAUCAUUGAAGUUCCAUUUCAGUGAGUAGCUGUGGAUAUUCUGGGUCCUUUUCCAAAAAAGACACCCAGAGGAAAGAAGUACAUACCAACUUUCAUGGAUUUUGCCACCCGAUGGCCUGAAGCAGUAGCUCUAAGCAACACCAGGGCUAAAAGUGUGUGCCAGGCACUAACAGACAUUUUUGCCAGGGUAGGUUGGCCCUCCAACAUCCUUACAGAUGAAGGAACUAAUUUCCUGGCAGGAACUAUAGAAAGCCUUUGGGAAGCUCAUGGGGUGAACCACUUGGUUGCCACCAUCAAACAAAUGGCCUGGUGGAGAAGUUUAAUGCAACUUUGGGGGCCAUGAUACGUAAAUUUGUAAAUGAGCACUCCAAUGAUUGGGACCUAGUGUUGCAGCAGUUGCUCUUUGCCUACAGAGCUGUACCACAUCCCAGUUUAGGGUUUUCACCAUUUGAACUUGUAUAUGGCCGCGAGGUUAAGGGGCCAUUACAGUUGGUGAAACAGCAAUGGGAGGGGUUUACACCUUCUCCAGGAACUAACAUUCUGGACUUUGUAACCAACUACAAAACACCCUCCAAACCUCUUUAGCCCUUGCUCUGGUAUGAUAAACAUGCCAGAGAGCGUUCCUUCAAAGUAGGGGACCAGGUCAUGGUCUUAAAGGCGCUCCAAGCCCAUAAAAUGGAAGUGUUGUGGGAAGGGCCAUUCACGGUCCAAGAGCGCCUGGGAGCUGUUAAUUAUCUCAUAGCAUUCCACACCUCCAACCAAAAGCCUAAGGUGUACCAUAUUAAUUCUCUAAAUCCCUUUUAUUCCAGAGAAUUAAAGGUUUGUCAGUUUACAGCCCAGGGAGGAGAUGAUGCUGAGUGGCCUGAAGGUGUCUACUAUGAAGGGAAAAGUGAUGGUGGCAUGGAAGAGGUGAACCUCUCCAUGACUCUUGGGCAUAUGCAGCGACAGCAGAUCAAGGAGCUGUGCACUAGCUACGCACCAACGUUCUCAGCCACCCCAGGACUGACUGAACGGGCAUACCCCUCCAUUGUCACAGGUAAUGCUCACCCAAUUAGAGCCCAACCUUACCGGGUGUCUCCUCAAGCUAAAACUGCUACAGAAUGGGAGAUCCAGGAUAUGCUACAGAUGGGUGUAAUCCGCCCCCUGGCAGUGCAUGGGCAUCUCCAGUGGUUCUAGUUCCCAAACCAGAUGGGGAGAUACGUUUUUGCGUGGACUACCGUAAGCUAAAUGCUGUAACUCGCCCAGACAACUAUCCAAUGCCACGCACAGAUGAACUAUUAGAGAAACUGGGACGGGCCCAGUUCAUCUCUACCUUAGACUUAACCAAGGGGUACUGGCAGGUAUCGCUAGAUGAAUCCGCCAAGGAAAGGUCAGCCUUCAUCACACACGUCGGGCUGUAUGAAUUUAAUGUGCUCCCUUUCGGGCUGCAGAAGGCACCUGCCACCUUCCAAAAACUUGUAGAUGGUCUCCUAGCGGGAUUGGGAGAAUAUGCAGUCGCCUACCUUUACGAUGUGGCCAUAUUUUCGGAUUCCUGGGCAGAACACCUGGAACAUCUACAGAAAGUCUUAGAGCGCAUAAGGGAGGCAGGACUAACUGUUAAGACUAAGAAGUGUCAAAUAGGCCUAAACAGAAUGACUUACCUUUUACACCAGGUGGGUCAAGGAACUAUCAACCCCCUACAGGCCAAAGUGGAUGCUAUCCAAAAGUGGCCUGUCCCAAAGUCAAAGAAACAGGUCCAAUCCUUCUUAGGCUUGGCUGGAUAUUACAAGCGAUUUGUACCACAAUACAGCCAAAUCGCUGCCCCACUGACAGACCUAACCAAAAAGAAACAGCCAAAUGCUGUUCAGUGGACCGAAGAGUGUCAGAAGGCUUUUAACCAGCAUAGACCUGUCUGACCUUGUGCUAAGGGCCCCAGACUUUGACAAACUGUUCCUAGUAACCACAGAUGUGUCCGAGCGUGGUGUGGGAGCAGUCUUAAUGCAGGAAUGACCGAAUCAAGAGUUCCAUCCUGUCGUGUUUCUCAGCAAGAAGCUGUCUGAGAGGGAAAGCCACUGGUCAAUCAGUGAAAAGGAAUGUUACGCCAUUGUCUACGCUCUGGAAAAGCUACGCCCAUACGUUUGGGGACGGCAUUUCCACCUGCAAACCGACCAUGCUGUGCUACAGUGGCUUCAUACCAACAUGAGAAAUAACAAAAAACGUAUUCAGUGGAGUUUAGCUCUCCAAGAUUUUGAUUUCGACAUACAACACAUUUCAGAAGCGUCUAACAAAGUGGUUGAUGCACUCUCCCAUGAAAGUUUCCCAGAAUCAACUGGUUAAAAUCGUCCUUGAGAUGUGGAAAAUAUUCUUAGUCUUUAAACAGUUAGUAGUAUAUUUAGAGGGCAUGUGUCUUAACAACUCUGUUUUCUCCUAGAGCUCCAGGAAGAAAUCACAGCCAGUGUUUCACCCUAUCUGUGAUUUGGGGGGUGUGUCAUAAAAAUAAAGGGAAGGGUAACCACCUUUCUGUAUACACAGUGCUAUAAAAUCCCUCCUGGCCAGAAGCAAAACCCUUUCACCUGUAAAGGGUUAAGAAACUAAAGUAACCUCUCUGGCACCUGACCCAAAAUGACCAAAGAGGGGACGAGAUACUUUCAAAUCUGGAGGGUGGGGGGAACAAAGGGUUCUGUGUGUGUGAUACUUUUGCCGGGAACAGAUCAGGAAUGCAGCCUUACAACUCCUGUUAAGUAAUGUAGCUAGAAAUGUGUUAGAUUUCCUUUUGUUUAAUGGCUGGUAAAAUAAGCUGUGCUGGAUGGAAUGUAUAUUCCUGUUUGUGUGUCUUUUUGUAACUUAAGGUUUUGCCUAGAGGGAUUCUCUGUGUUUUGAAUCCUAUUACCCUGUAAGGUAUUUACCAUCCUGAUUUUACAGAGGUGAUUCUUUUACUUUUUCUUUAAUUAAAAUUUCUCUUU